AUGAGCAACGCCAACUCGGCCAUCGACGACUACCUCGUCGCGUCCUUCCCGCUCCCCACCACCGCCUCCUCAUCGCAACCACUCCACCCCGCCGCACUCGAUGUCACCGCCGUGCAGUACACAAAGCACCCCAGGCAGGACUCGCGACUGGCAGUGGCGACACCGGGCGUAGGCGUAUCGGUCUACGACCUCGCCGACCAAACUCCCCUCUCAUCAAUCACCGUCGGCCCCUCGUUCGCACCCACAACCGCCGCCAUCGCCCGCUCGACGCCCUCAACCUCGUCGCAGUCCAUCCGCGUCAAGAGCGCACGGAGAACCUGGGUUGGAAUAGAGACGCCAGAGGGCAAGGGCGAGAUCUGGUGUUGGCAUGAAGAGGAGCGGAAGGAGGGCAGUACGGAGGGCGAUGCGGGAAAGGCGGUUUGGCCGAUCUCGGAAGCCCUCGCCGCCCUCUCAGCGCCCCGAACGCUCACCUCGCACAUCGUUUUCCUCUCGGCUUCCGGCGCACUCGCCCUCGCUCCCGCAGACGACCUGACCUCCCUCGCCUCCCUUCCCGCGCCCUCUUCCCCCACUCCCCUCACUCGUCAGACGCUCCGUCUGAUCCCCGUUUCGCCCACCUCAGCCCCCGACUUCCUCCCUCCCGCACUUGUCGCCUCCCUCCCAGCCGGCACUAAAUCCCACCUCGCCCUCAUCGUUCGUGCCCGCGCGUCCGCCGCAGAAAAGUCUCCCUCCUCCUCGCUUGUCGAGAUCGGCAAGAAGAAGUUCAAAAAGACUCCUCGACCUUCUUCUUCUGCUGUCAUUGACGCGGCGGAUGCGACGUCGACUGCGCCCGUGUCGGAGGUGAGUGAGGUCGAGAUCGUGUUGAUUGAUGCGCAGGUUAGCGUGCCGGAUGAGUUUGAGCCCAGGUUGGGAUUGGUGAGUCUGGGGAAGGUCGAGGUCAAGGGCAGGCAGGUCGUUGUGAGCGACGAUGGGUUUGUCACAGCUUUGAGUUCGGACGGCGUUCUCUCCUCCUUCCGCCUCUCGAUCCCGCCCUCUUUCGUCAUCGAUACCUACUCCUCGCUCUUCUUCCCUCCCGAGCCUCCCUCCUUCCCCACUCCCACCCUCUCACCCAUCAAAUCCCUCACCCUCUCCUCCUCCGCGCUGAUCCCCUCGCGCGCCUCCCUCCUCGCCCUUCACGCAUCUUUCAUCGCCCUCGCCGCUCCCCGCCCUUCCUCAUCCGAUUCUUCCGCCCCAAUCGUCUCCAUCACCUUCUGGGACGCCCGGUUCGGCUCGGUCAUAGCAACGACGGACCUCUCAGUCCCCUCAGCCGUCUCGACCUCGCUCUCUUCGCUCUCGGUCUCCCUCUCCCUACCUAACAAACACACCGCAAUCGUCACUCUCUCGCCCUCCUCCUCCUCCGCUUCGGGCUCAGGCAGCCGCACAGCACUCUUCGCACUCCCCCUCACGCCCUUGCCCGCCCAGUCGGUCCUCGCAGCAGUAGUCGGCAAACAUUCACUCACUUCGCGCUUCCUCGCAAGCCCUCCUAGCUCGGAGUCGGUACUCGCAAGAGCUGAGAGGGCGGAGCCGAUGAGGAGUUUGGCCAAGACGGGGGAGAAGAAGCUCGUCUUGGUUGAGGCGGGACGGAAGGCGCGCGAAGCGGUUCUGGAGCGCUUGGAGCGUGUUCUCGCGCCAGUGAAGGAGCAGGCGAGCGCGGUGGAGCAGGAGAAGGCUGUGCGCGAGGCAGAAGAGGUGUGGGAGCGGUGGUUGGAAGACGAGAAGGACCGGUUGUGGGAGUACAACAAGGACAAGGUGCGAGUCGCGAUGGAGAAGGAGAAGGAGCGGCGGGUCAAGGCGAUUGUCGAAGGCGAGCAAGGGGACGAGGAAGUCACGCGGUACAAGAAGGCCAAGAAGCGGAUUGAGCGCGCGUUGGUCGACGCUGGUGCGGCUGUUCGCCCCGGAGCUGGAGCGGAAGCGGAGGGCAAGAAGAGUUGGAAGGACGUCACGGCGGCUAGGAUCAAGGGCGUCAAUGACAGGUACAGGUACAUGUACCACCGCGAGCGGAACAAGAUGGAGGAGGAGAUGGGCAAGACGGUCAAGGAGUUUGAUUGGGACGAGGCCGUCAACAAGGUCGAGCGGUAUGAGCCCUCGCUCCCCUCGUCGUUCAUCACCGCCCUCCUCCGCCUCUCAUUCCCCGUCCCGCUCGACGCGCCCUCAACCGACCUCGUCAUCGCCACCGGUGCACCGGCCGCUACUGCAAAGGCCUGGCGUCACCCGACCAAGAUCGUCGGCUAUCUCCUCAAGCGCGAGUUGGUCGGCGAGAACCAGAUCGAGGGCGGCGUGACGCGGUUCCUUGCGCGUGCUGGAGACUGGCCGAACAUCCUCAUUGCGCUCGAGACGAUUCCCGAUAUCCCCGAGUCGACGACCGUCUCGCUGCUCGUCACGGUCGUUCGCAACGCUCAGGCGUCGUCAGCCGACUCGAUGGACGUCGAAGACGCAUCAUCCACCCUCCCCGCACCCGUCCCUUCCCUUGCGACAUUCCUCCGCUCCUUCCUGAAGUCGCCCUACACGCCCUCGGUCCUCCGCUCCGCCCUGCAAAAGCAGCUCUCGGCGGUCGAAGCCGUUCCCAUCCUCGAGCAGUGCGACAAGUGGCUCGCGGUGUGGCUCAAGUCCGCGCAAGCGGCGGACGAGGACGAGGAGACGCUCAAGAAGCGCAAGGGCAAGGGAAGCAAGGCGGUUCAGGUCGACUUGUUCAAGCUUAUUGUGCCUGGCGAGGAGGAGCAGUUGCCCUCGCUCGAGGAGAUCGUACCUUUCGUCCAAGCGAUUCUCGACGCGCACUUCGUCACCCUCCUCCUCCAGCGCCAAGCGCACCGUCUCCUCCGCCGCCUCGCGCAGCACAUCUCGCUUCACACCGCCCUUGUGAACGAUCUCUCGUCUCUACUCGGCGCCCUCUCGAUCUAUUCGCGCAAGAAGGACGACCAGCGUCGUGCAGCGCUCGAGGAGGCGUCGGCGGCGGCUGCGGAGAAGCGGAAGGACGGCGUGAGGAAGUUUGGCGAGACGAUGGAACGGAGGAUCAAGGCGCAGGAGAAGCACGCGGAGGUUGGCGCGUAUGCUGUCGAGGAGUUCUUCCUCUAG